AUGGGCUGGGUGAUUAUCCGAGUGGAAUCGACAAGGGGGCCCUGGACAAGGUUGGCAGCCCUGGUCGUUACAAGUGCGGUACAAGGGGGAUCGGGCUGGAUCGCGGGUCAGGGACCGGACCUGGAACCAACGCAGCUCUCGUGCAGAAACCAUUCCAGACUUGGCGGCGAGAACAAAUUUCCAACUGACUGCCGGCAGCCGGUGGAUCGGGUCCGAUUGAUUCUUGACUGGCUCCAUCUGAUCGACAGCCCCUCGGGGUUUGGUGGAUCGUAUAGGAAUACGAAGUACGGAGUACGGAGUACGGGAGCUCACUUCAAAUCCCGACGCGAGAGAGAGAGAGAGUGUGUGUGUAUGGAUGAAUGGAUGGAUAUGCCGUUCCCAAUUACCCUCAGCAGACAACCUGACAACUGGGAAGUCGUGGAGAUUGCGUGCGAGGCGGGGGGAGGGGGCGUCGAUGCAAGCAAGGGAGCUGAGCUGGGCGAAACGGAGAUCGAAAUGAAGUGGCUGGUACUGAGCACAGAGUACCGGGAGCGGACGACGUAUUGUCCUCGUCUGUCUCUUCUCUCAUCCAUGGUGUCGGGAGAUGGAUGCGGGCAGGGUGAUGCAAUCGUCCCGAUCAGGAAAAUAGAAGAUUGCAUCCGUCUGAUCAGCGCAAUUUUCAACGGUCGGCCUGUGUCUUAUCCAUUCAUAGCACAGCUGUAUUAUUGUUUAUGCCAUGCUGUUUCUGCACGGUGGGGAACAGCACACACCAUGUGUCGCGUAAUGCCCUUCAUAAAAGCGCCGGCAUUAGCUCGGAUUGUCGACCCAAAAACCUGUGCAAUCUGGCAGGUCCGGCUGGCGAGUCUCAGCGAUACGCGCCAAUCAUCGAGGUUACGAUCUCCGUACGAAGAAGCUCGUUCGCUGGCUGAAGAGGAGGGGAGGGGGGAAGGGUUUUCGAGAGGGGAUAAAUUCCCGCUGUAA